AUGGAUUGCACCAGCAACAAUACCGGCGAUACUUCUGGUGAUUUUGGGUCACCUCUCAAACCUGGUGCACUAGCAUCUAAUUCUGGCACCGAUGAGGAAAAGCCAUUGUCCAAUUUGACCUGCGAAUCAUCGGCAUCUAGUUCGUCAAAGGGUAAUACGCACAGUACCCAAACCCCACAAUCAAAGGCAUACAAGCCCGAGAAUGGCCCCGACACACAACACCAAGGCCGAGGGACGCGUUCAUCUACACGGUCGUCAAGCCGUGCGCCAAGGAGGCUAAGCGGAAGCACCGCUGCAAGCUCGAUAAACGAUGCGGAAUUGCCGCCUGCUCAUUUAGGUAAAAUCGGCGUCUGCGCAUUGGAUGUGAAGGCCCGAAGCAAGCCCAGUCAAAACAUUCUCACUCGUCUACAAUCCAAGGGCGACUUUGAGGUUAUUGUCUUCGGCGACAAGGUGAUUCUCGAUGAGGCCGUGGAGAAUUGGCCGGUAUGCGACUACCUCAUAGCUUUCUUCUCGGAUGGCUUUCCAUUAGAUAAGGCCAUUGCCUAUGCGAGCUUGAGAAAGCCAUUUUGUGUCAAUGAUUUGCCCAUGCAAAGGAUUCUAUGGGACCGACGACUGUGUCUGCGCAUCCUAGACCACAUGAAUGUUCCUACACCAAAAAGGAUCGAGGUCAACCGAGAUGGUGGGCCCACUUUAGAGACUGCAGAACUUGCGCAGCAUGUCUACAAGCUGACCGGUGUCAAGCUGGAUGGUGCCGCUGACGGCACAGGUGGGGGGACAGCCAAAACAAAGAACGUUGAUAUGUCUGAAGACGGCGAUUCUCUCGUCGUUGAUGGCAAGCACUUCAAAAAGCCAUUUGUUGAAAAGCCGGUAAGCGGCGAAGAUCACAAUAUACACAUAUACUUCCCGAAUGACCAGCAGUAUGGAGGCGGUGGAAGGCGACUCUUUCGAAAAGUUGGGAACAAGAGCUCUGAAUACGACCCUAACCUCUCAGUUCCGCGGUCGGUCACAGAGGGAGGGUCGAGCUAUAUAUAUGAACAGUUUUUGAGGGUCGAUAACGCAGAAGAUGUCAAGGCCUACACAGUUGGGCCAGACUUCUGUCAUGCUGAAACCCGAAAAUCGCCCGUUGUUGACGGUCUAGUCCGCCGCAAUACCCAUGGCAAGGAGCUCAGGUAUAUAACGAAACUGAGCAAGGAAGAAGCGUCGAUAGCCUCCAAAAUAUCGUAUGGUUUCGGGCAAAGAAUAUGUGGGUUUGACAUGCUUCGAGUUGGCGAGAGAAGCUAUGUGAUUGAUGUCAAUGGCUGGAGCUUCGUCAAAGAUAACAAUGAUUACUAUGAUAGGUGCGCCAGUAUUCUGCGGGAUACUUUUAUCGGCGAGAAGCGCAAGCGUGAGGGCAUUGUUGAUGCUACUGAAGUAUCCUCCUCAGACCCGAAUAACCACCCAUGGAGACACUCGGUGUCACAUCGACAGGCGCUGAAGACUUUGUUGAAAUCACCGGGCUCAUCAAAAUCCAACGGGAGUCAACCUCACCAAAAGGUUGCAGAAAUGGGGUCGUCAGAAUCGUUGUUACUGAGCCUUGCUUCGUCGAAUAAUGAGGGCGUGGACCACAGUAAGAGUAAUGUAAACACAGAUUCAAGCGAGAAGUCGGCGUCGCCUGGGCAUCCCGCAAUGCAUAAUUCAAGUGAUGGGAACCCCCCUCCUCCUGCUUCCAAGCAUUCAUGGAAGUUGAAAGGCAUGGUGGCCGUUAUAAGGCACGCCGAUCGAACACCAAAGCAGAAGUUUAAAUUUACAUUCCACAGUCAGCCCUUCAUCGACCUGUUGAAAGGUCACCAGGAGGAGGUUGUGAUUAAAGGCGAACCCGCACUACGCUGUGUAUCCGAGGCAGUUAAUCUCGCCAUGGAACAAGGACUCGAGGAUGCCGACAAGCUAAAAUUGCUUCGUACAUCCCUAGAAAAGAAAGGCGGCUGGCCGGGAACCAAAGUACAAAUAAAACCCAUGUUCAGGAGGCGAAAGCUUGAAGAAGCACCAGGCCGGCCACUAACACCCUGUGAAGCGGUUGGUAAAGAACCUACCUCACCUCUGCCAAAGGACGCCUCUCAAGAGGCCGAGAGCGCGGAUAGGUCACAGACUCGCAGUGAUUCAAUAUCUGGUGCAACAUUUUCAAGGUUUUCCGCCGUUGAAAAUGAUCUUAUACUGGAUAAACUUCAGCUCGUUAUCAAAUGGGGAGGGGAGCCAACUCACGCUGCCCGAUAUCAAUCCCAGGAUCUUGGGCUCAACAUGCGCGAUGAUCUGAAGCUGAUGAAUAAGGAAGCAUUGAACAAUGUUCAGAUUUUCACCAGCUCCGAGCGGAGAGUGAGUACUAGUUCUCAAAUAUGGGCUUGCUCAUUCCUUGAUCAGAAGGAAAUACCUGAAGGCUUCAUCCAAGUCAGGAAGGAUCUGCUUGACGACUCCAAUGCGGCGAAAGAUCUAAUGGACAAGGUAAAGAAAAAGCUAAAAUUGCUUCUACGAGAAGGAUCCGCGCCUUCGCAAUUUACAUGGCCGAAGGAGAAUAUUCCUGAGCCGUCUGUAGUCUUGGCAACCGUCGUCGAAUUGAUGAAAUUCCAUCGGGAUAUUAUGAGGCUUAACUUCCAGAAGCUGGACAGCGCAUCUGCGCCCUCUCCAGGCACAGCGGAGAGUGCCGACGAGUUGACUCCAUCUCGCACUGCAGCGUUACCAAGUGAGAAUCCUUCACUGUAUUCUAUCCAAGGGCGGUGGUGCACUGGCGAGGAUCCUAUGCUCUUCAAAGAGAGGUGGGAGAAACUUUUCGCCGAGUUUUGUGAUACUGAAAAGGUUGACCCCAGCAAACUUUCCGAGCUAUAUGACAGUAUGAAAUUCGAUGCACUCCAUAAUCGACAAUUUCUCGAGUGGGUUUUCACACCUCCGGAGGCCGAGGACUGCGAGGAGGCAGACGUGAGCUGGAGGAGGGCUUCACGAAAGGAUACCCCGGCAGAAUCAAGAAUUAACAAUGCCCAGGAUGGUUUGAACCUCCAACGGGUCGAUGAGCAACACUCUGAGAGUCAGACGCUGGCGCAUCGGCUUGGUCUGAGGAGACGAAUGCAUGCGUUCGAGUCGUCCAUACCUCACCUGCGGGUCCUUGAUGACUCCUACGAUCAUUAUUUCAAGUUAUACCCGAGCUCGAAUUCGUCGAAAACUAAGCUAGAUUCUAGGCUUUCCAAGUUGAGGGAGCUAUACAAGCUGGCCAAAAUUCUUUUUGAUUAUGUGACACCCCAGGAGUAUGGUAUCACGGACACGGAGAAGCUGGAGAUUGGCUUGUUGACGUCCUUGCCACUUCUUCAGGAGAUAGUAAGGGACUUGGAGGAAGUUCAAGCUUCUUCAGAUGCGAAGUCUGUGUUUUAUUUCACAAAGGAAUCCCAUAUAUACACACUCUUGAACUGUAUACUUGAGGGGGGGAUUCAGACAAAGAUAGCACGUUCUGCUAUCCCGGAGUUGGAUUACCUAUCCCAGAUCUGCUUCGAGCUCUAUGAGGCCAGGGAUAGCGAAUCAUCAACCAGUUCUUACUCCAUUCGAAUUUCUAUCAGCCCGGGUUGUCAUGCUUUUGACCCUUUGGAUGUGCACCUUGACUCUAGGCAUGCAAUCGGCUGUGCACCGCGACGCAGUCUUACUGCUCAUCAAGAUUGGAAGGAGGUUAUAGAGACCUUGAAGGCCAAGUUUAACACUGUUAAACUUCCAACAACAUUUACAGCUGUGAAUUUAAGUGACAAACAUGUUUCAAGGUCCCAGGAGACACAGUAA